GUGUAGUAAUAUGUUCCUAUAAAUACAACGGUUGUUGAGAAGGAAAUUCAACCUUUAUAUUUUCUUUUUUUUUUCCAUUUUCCAAUCAAAGUAGCAUCACAUAAUAUGGCCGGAGCACGUCCUUUGCUUAACUUUGCGUUUUACUUUGUUGUUGUCGUAGCUGCAAUUACUGUUACUUUUUCUCGUUCACCGAAGAUGCAAGCAAUGGGUGCACGCGAAAUGUCACUUGAUAUUGUAGAGAUUGAUCAAAAAUUAAUUCCGGUUGGUGCUAUAAUAACUUGCUUGAAAAGAUGCUACAAGAAGAGUGAUUGCAGCGAUGGAUGGCUUUGUAGAGAUUGCGCGAAUGAUGCAUUUGAUCAAGGUGGAAAACAUUGCGACAAGUUUACUGCUUCUGGACAAGGAUAUUUUGCUAUGCUCAAUCGUCGUCAAGUUAAUCAUGCGGGUUAUGUAUUUGCAGUUUGAUGAUGCAAGUGAAGAAAUAAUUAGCAGUUCCUUCAUGUAUUUAUCUAGUUUUUUUUCCAUGAUGGCCUAUGGAUACUUUCUCCUUACCUUUGUUCCUCUUUGUCCUCUUUGUGUAAUAAAUAAUAUUAAGUGAACUUAGAAGAACAUUUAUGGUUUUUUUCCAAUAAGUUUAUGUGAGCAAUUUGGCUUGUGAUUGCCAUUUUUUGUUAUCAAUUAAAUGCUUGAGUUUCCUUUUAAUUCCUA